GUGUGCCACGUGACCUUGUCAGUUUCCCCAUGCGGAGUUCAUCAAUUUCGUGCACUUUUAGCCGAAUCAGCUGAUGAAGAGUGUGCGACAGGGACACACUCAUAAGGUGCACACGCGUUGUCGCGAAAACAAUUAUUAUUAUGCAUUAUUAUGUGAACAGUCCAGGAAAGAGUAACCAAAGAUCACAAAAACUUUCAAGCAUGGACAGUUAUUUGUCCACAGUUGGCCUGUGGAGAAAACCUAUUGCCCGUGAUGGGUUUUGUUUGUUUCGAGCAACUUCUGAACAGGUAUACAUGACGCAAGCUCAUUAUGAAAAGCUAUACAAUCUAUCCAAAGAGUUUUUCUACAGACUUGAAGGAAUAGACCAGGAUUAUGUAUGGACAGAAUCCGAUGCUAUGUUUUCUUUGUCUGUUAUAUGCAGACAUAAUUUUUUAGUAUAUGAAGUACCUGGAUGUCCACCAUAUUUAGCUAUAGAUAAUUGUUUUUCAGAAAAUGUUAUGCUAUGUAGAAUAGAUGCCACACACCUUGAAAGUGUUUUUCCAAAAUCCUAUGUAAAAGAAUUAGCUCUAUGUCAGUCUAUUGUCUAUGAUAUAUUAUAUCACGGUGUAUACAACUUUGGUGAAGAAGAAAUAAAAGAAGCCAUACAAAUAAUAAGGGAACAAGAAGGAAAACAGAGGAAAAAGUCCUGUAGAUACAGUGGAACUUCAUGCAGCAGUCCAGAUUCCAGUGACAGUAGCUGCGGCAGUACCGGGGAACAAUCGCCAGAAAAAGCCUGCGUACUUUAUAAUCGUCAUUCUUCUCAUUCUUCGGAAGAUACUGGUAUCUUUAUAAUAAAGCCCCCUGUACCAUUUAGAAUAGCUAAAGCCUUAGAUCCACUGAUAUACAGGAACACGGAACUUGAUAUUUGGGAAGAAGAUAAAAGAGAAGCAAGACACAAAGCCAUUGUAUACUGUCCUGGUGAUAGGUGUAUGAUAGUAUCUGAAGAAGGAAAACAAUUAUAUCAUGGACACAUACAAGAAGUGUUUGACAACAAAGCUGUGGUAGCAUUUAUUGAAGAAUUAGGUGAAAGGAGAGAAGUAGAUGUAGAUAGACUACGUCCAGAUAAAUCAGCUAAAGCUAGAUCUAUUAUUAAACAUUGGCAAAAAAGGCGGAUGAAAGCAAUGACUGUUGAACAGAACCUCCCCCCUCGCAUGACUCAGCCUGCAGCUCUCCCUCCUCCUCUUCCUCUUUCUAAUGUGGUACAGAAUGACAAACCAGCAGUACCAGUAUCUAAUAUGCCACCCCCACCACCAGUUACGAUGGCUGUCCCAAUGCAGCCCCCACCAGUCUUCCAUCAACCUCCACUUAUGGCAUACGGUGGCCCUAUGAUGGACCAACCACCACAUCCACAUAUGAAUGUACCUGUGGCAUGUCUUGGUAUGGAUGGCCAGCCACCACCGAUGCCACCUCAUAUGAUGAAUGGUGGUGCUAUGGUUGCCUAUAAUGGUGAGAACGGCAUGAUGGGACAAGAAAGUAUGACAAAUCCAGUUGUUUAUGUUCCAUUCAUGGAAACAAUUAUGCCUACAGAAGUUAAUGUGGAUUAUCCCCCUUCUGAAGAUUCCAGGGGACUGGAUCUCCCUCUUAAUGAUAUCAACACACUAAGAUUCUUCUUUAACCUUGGUGUCAGUCAUUACAGAACUGUUAGUCUUCUGAGUCACUCCAUGGCUGCUAGUCACAAUGGAAUCACACAGGGUCAGUCUCCGAUAGUUUUAUGUCAGUCUGCCCCGGUAACAAAAUAUAAAACUAGUCCUAGUAAUGGAGUUGAUUAUGCUCCCGUCUUUUCAACUUUCAUACAACCAACGACACAUAGUCCUGACAAUGGUAAUGAAAAUGAUGAUAGAAGUAGUAACAUAUCGAAUGAUAGCGGGUGUGAGGCAAACAAGAAUGAUAGUGAACAAGAUAAUGUCAAAAACAACGAGGGUAGCAUGAGUGAGAGAAAUGGUAAUAGUUCAGAUAUGUCAAUAUCUGAUUCUGUCAACACUCCUCCUCCGGAGAUAGAUACAUCGUCAGAUCAUGGUUAUAAGACUGUUAAACGUAGAAAAUAUUUUAUGUAUAAAAAUCUGAAACUUAUCAAGCCUAUCAAAGAAAUACCAAACAAAUAUCUUGAUUUGUUGAAAUAUUUAAGUCUUGAAAAAUCAAGGUGUGAAGGUGAACCAAUCAUUUUGGCACCCCAGAAUAUACCUCAACCUGUUAAUGUUGGGAACAUGGCACACAAUCAGAUGCCUCUGUCACAGUGUAAUUCAUGUAAUGUCAACUUGAACCCCACGGCACAAAGUUUUGUUCCAGGGAAAGUUCCAAGUGGCAUGGUAAUAUCAAAUUUACCAAAUAGUUGUAGUAGUCAAGGCAACAAUAGUACAAUUAACAGUAAGAAUAGCAUGCCACCACCCUCUUCUCCUUCUGUGCACAAUGCAUGUUCUAGUCAUACUCGCCUGCCUAAUAUGCCUAAACCAUAUGUAUCGCCACAUAACAUUAGCUUUUCACAUUUUCAUACCAUUCCCUUUCCAGCAGGUCAAUGAAGAUCACCAAGAUUUAAUGUUAGAAGCGUCAAUCACACAGGUGCUGGGUCUCCGCCUCAUUUUCAGAUGUUGGUGACGGAAGAAUAAAAGAAAAUGACAUUUUGUAUUUUGGUGCUUGACAAAUGUUCAUGCAUUAACAAACAUUCAUCAAAAUCAGAAAUCCAAAUAACAAAUGAACUUAUUCUAGUCAUAUGAAUGUUUACUUCUCAGACAAUUGUUGCCAUGGUGAUGGGUUUUUGUUCUUUGGUUGUGGAUGUAAACUUUUUCUAUAUAUAUGUAAUAUCUGCACAUAUGUUUCUUCUAUGAAUACUAAAUUAUCAUACAGCAGACUUUGUAAUUUAAAUGUUGAUGGAUUCAAUAAUCAAAUAUCAGAAAUGAGGGGACCAUUCUUUGGUAGAGAAACUUGUUAAAACAUUUCACUAAAGUGCCUUAAAAUUUAAUCAGAUCAUUUCAUCAGAUCUUUAGAAACAGCUGGUGAGUUAAAUGAUAAAAGAAAAAUUUGAAAUUGGGUGUCACCUUUUUAAAGGGGGAUUAGUAAAGAAAUAACCAAUUUUAGAAUUUUUUCCAUUAAAAAAACCUUUUUGUUUCAGAUGCUCUUCAAUUUCUAUUGAGAUUUCCACAACAAAAUCUGAGUUCAGAAAAGUCUGAUAUGGGGCACUAAUUAAUGAUUUAUAAUUGAACUGUCUGCUGUAACAUAAUGUAUAUAACUUUCACUGUUUGUAUCACUGGACUAUGUUGCAUAUCAUUUACAAUUGGCAGCAAUAUUAUAACUUUUUUGUACUUUAAAUACUUAGUUUUAUAACAAUCAACAUUAGAUAUGCACAUUUGAAUGGAAAAUUUAAUUUUAAAAGCCAAAUAGUUACCUUUUAACAACAAAUGACUUUCAAAAACAAAUGUUUUCAUCAAUUAAAAGUCCUAUAGUAAAUGUUCAUAAGAGUCACAGUGCUUGUUUGUAAUACACCAUACUCUCAAGUCCUGUUUGAUCAUAAAUUUUUGUGAUUUAUAAGGAUAACUCAAAUUUAUUAGCAGUAGAAACAUUGACCGGUUUGAUUUUAAAAUUUCACCCUUUUUUUUUUUAUCAUUUAGAAAGUAUACAGUUAAGAAUAUCACUUUUUUUGUCAACACAAAAUGUUGAUUCCUAAAAAGUUAGUUGUCCUUGUUACAUUGCUGUCAUUUUAUAUUUAUUGCUUCUUACAUCCUACUCUAACCCUACCGUAUAUCAUGCUCGCAUUAUUAUUUUAAACAUUAAUUCAUACUCAUAUAUUUUCAUACUAAAAACAGGUACAUUUUUGCCUUUCUGCUUGGUUAUAGGUAAAACUGGAGAAAAUGUAAUUUCUCAAUUUUUUAAACACAUUUGAAUUUCAGAUACAUUUUUGCCUUUCUGCUUGUUUGCAGGUAAAACUUGAGAAAAUGCUAUUUCUUAAUUUGUUUUUAAAAAGACGUGUUUCAGUUUUCAUUUAUCUUUUAAGAGGUUUAGCCCUUUUAAAUUACAUAUAUGCCAUUUAUAAAUUUUACAGACAUUUUACAAAACUUACGAAUUUAAUCAGCUAAUAUUAUACCAGAUUUUACUGAUAUGAUAUCAAUUGUAUUUUAUCAGCAUUGAGCAUAAUAAUAUCAUGAAAACCACAGUUUUAGUUUGUCUAGGAAGUUUUAUAUUAGUGCUACAGUGUUAAUUUCAUGUAAAUAUAUGUAUGAAGUGUGUAUAGUUGUUGAAGUGUGAAAGUUAAAGAUAUUAAGUUUGAUUUAUCAUACAAAAUGUAUACUGAGACAUUCCCUUAUCAUUCAAAAUGUAUACUGAGACAUUCCAAUAUUAAAUGUGUCGAGUUAGAAAUGUCUAAAUUCAUAGAACGUUUGGUUUUACAAAGUGUUCAAAAUACCUUUACUUUCUUAUAUUUAAGCAAGGUGAUAUGAAUAAGAUUCCAACAGAUUUUGUUUUUAUUAAACUGGUUUUCUAAAAGCACAGGUUAUAUUGCAGGAGAUUAUUGACUUAAUCUUCUGCUAUAUUCUGCGUGUUUUUGCGUAUGAAAUAACUGUUACUAUUUGUGUUGGCAUUUUUUGUGUAAAGCAGUUUAAAAAUAGUAAAAAGUGGUGAUUCAAAAAAAAAAAUAAUUCAACUCUUACCACAGAAGAAGCAAUCGAAAAUAUAUGCCAAAAUUUUUUUGAGAUAAACUUACAUUUUAGUUAUAGAUAAGUCAUAGAAAUAUUCAGUAUUUUUACAGUCAUUAAAAUAUUUAGUAUUUUCAUGAAACAGUUAGAAGAGACAUUUUCAUGUUGUAAUCUUAUUUGACAUCUGAAUGUGAUUUUUGUCUUUUUUUAUGAUGACAGUUUUAGAAGCAAGAGUUAUCUUUCAAAUACCAACAAUUAUUUAAAGUUUGUGAUUAUGUAAUCUUAACAAAGUUAAAUCUCUAUUUUUUUUUAGAUUGUUAGCUUUACUAAAAGAUUUAACUGUUAAGGUGGUACCUAACAAUGCACGGAGAUAACUCUGUAAAGUCAGCCAAACGUUUUAAUUACAUUGUGUUGUAAAAGAAAUAUUAAGCUUUUCAAUGAUCAAAAUUGGUGGUUGCCAAAAGUUAUUUAACCAGUGUAAUUUUUGUAACAAAACGGUUGGUUCAAAAUUUUUAUAUUUUUGUUAAAUUGUCAAAGUAAAUACUUUUGACAAAAUUUUAUGAAAAUUAAACGAGCCAAAUUAAUUUCAGUGAAAGUGUCGGGUACCACCUUAAGCAAAACAUAAGUUUAUUUUGAUGAAAUAGUAAUUUAAAAGUGUUCAGCACUGGAUAAAUGGCAUCAAACACAAAUCUUGUAUUUCUUUAGUUCUUGAUGUUUUCAUUUGACAACACAGAAAAUUAAUGUUAUAAAUCUUGUGUAUACCAACUUCAAAUAUAAUAUACAUAAGUGUUCUAAGAACACAUAUCUCCUUAUUUUUAUAGUCUUCUGUUCUGAAAAGAUUGAGAUUUGAUUCAGAAUUAAAAUAUCUGAUGUAUGUAAGUGUAAUAUAUGUGUAAAGAAAUCUUUUUUUCUAGUAGAUUUAGAAAGUUAAUAGUUUACCUCACUCUUAGGCAUACAAUUUUUGCUCAUGUGGAUUAAGUGAAACAAAACAAUGUUUUGUAUAUUGUGAAUGGACUUUAUUUUAUAUGUUAAUUUCAUACGUAAAUUCUGUGAGAAUGUAGAUAGAAUAAAAAGAAUAUUUUAAAUUUAUAAAAACCUCUUGAUAUUAUUAUAAUUAAAACAAAUAAAGAUAAAAUACAAGUCAUUUGAUAAUCUAUUGAUGAGUUCCAUUAACUGUAAAAGAUUAUAAAUACUAUUCUGAUGCAAGAAAUACUAAAUUCAAGUCCAGGUGAAAGAAAUAGAUAUUUUGGGGUGUAAGAAAUGGUUUUGUUGUAUGUGAAAGAAAUAUUUAUUUUGAUGUGUAAGAAAUGGUUCUGAUUAAGUAAAAGAAAUAGUUCUGUUUGGGUGUAAGAAAUAUUUAUAUUGAAGUGUAAGAAAUUGUUCUGUUGAAGCGAAAGAAAGUUUUGUUCAGAAGAAAGAAAUUGUUUUGUUUAGGUGAAAGAAAUGAAUGAUUUUUUGAGUAAUUGUCUCAUUAAAUGCAUGUGAGCAAAAAUUGCAUGUUAUUGUUUUGUGAUAAUACAAUAAUUCUAUUAGAUAGUGAAUCUAGGAUUUAACUCUUUUAGAUACAUUUAGAUACAUUAAAUUCAAAGCAUUUGCUGAAUCUUUCCAAAAUGAUUUGCUAGACAAUCAAGUUUUAAAGAAAAUGAAUUUUCAAUAAACAAAAGCAAGUUUAUGUCAAUGAGAUUGCAUUUCAAAAAAAGGCUCCUAGUCUUUAAGGAUACCCUUUAUCAAAGAUACAUUGUAAGGACUUUCAAAAACUCCGCUUUGUAAAAUGAUUUGUUGACACAAAUAAUUUUUUCAAUUAAACAGUUGUGUACUUACUGAUAAAUUAAUUGUUAAAUUAUGAAUAAAAUUGUUGGUCUUGAAUGUCUAUAUAAAAGUGGACAAAAAGAAAUGAAAAGUCUUUAUUUUCAACACGAUUAAUCAAAUUAUAAUCAAACUUACAAGACGCCUAAACAAUCUGUGAUAGCACCUUGAUUAAAUGAAAACCAUAGCAGUGUUAAAAAGAGUUAAAUCCUAGACAAUUUAUAUACAAAGUGUACUAUAUUUAUACAACUUUCGCCAUUCCUGCAAUGAAGAAGAUGAUUGUUUAUAUUAUGAUUCCUAAUGAUCUGUUUGUUAGAGUUAUUAUUGUCAUGUCGACAUACAUGUUUUAAUCAUUUUGAAUCAUUUAAUUUUUUAUUCCAUUUAACAUCAAUAAAACAUUCAUUAU